AUGGCGGAUAUACAGAAGAUACACAUUUUCGGACAUUCUUUUGUGAAAAGGCUGAAGCAAUUUAUACAGGAUUCUGAUGACUUAAAAUUUAAUUUAGAUUUGAACUCUAGGCACAUGGUGCAAUAUACAGGAUUCUCUGGAGCUACGAUCAUGACACUACGGCAGCACUUAGACCAGAUCGAAGACUUUGCGCCAGACUUAGUCGUACUGGUUAUCGGUACUAACGAUUUGUGCGAUGCCUCAAUGAGCAGUGACGGAGUAGCAAAUCAGUUAAUGGACUUGGUGGACACAUUACUUUUUGUGAUUGGUGUACCUAAGGUGAUUGUUACCCAAAUCCUGCAUCGCACAGAAGGGAACAUCAGGUCAAAACACUGGGUCGAUAUCGACUGGUUCAAUAACCGAGUAGACAAAACCAACAUCAUUCUAUCGACACUAGACAACAAACCACACCAUCGAUCAAAACUUUGGCGGUUGAAAGGGUUUUGGACAGUCGAUACGAAAGCUAUGGUGUAUGCCCAAGAUGGCUGUCACCUCAGUCCUACUGGCAACAUGAAAUUGUACAGGAACCUAAGGGCAGCAGUGGUCGCCUCGAUGAAUUGUUCCGUACUACGUGUGUAA